UCGGUAUUUCCAACGGAUUAACUACAACCCGCCAAUAAACAAACAACUCCAAAGUAGAACAUGUGAAUAAUGUAAAAUUCAAGAUGUUACUAUUAAAACAACACGGUAUACCGUGAAAAAAACUAGAAAACCUCACUCUAGUCAUGAACAUCCUUAAUCAUUAUAGGGAUGUUUAUAUUACUUUUUUAGAUUUUUUUUCUGCCCCUACAAGGAGUAAGUCGGAUCUUGAAAGUGCAGAAAUAUUUUUUUAGAAUCAAUCUAACGAAAGACUAAUUUCUGAAAAAGCAAUUGUGAUUAAAGAAUCAAUUCCAAAAUAUCCUCACAUAGUCCACAUGUUCGUGAUCUGUAUCUUUGUCCACCUAUUCUUAUCAUCAUCACCAGAAGACAUUAGGAGAUACAUACACCCUAUCUCUUAGUAGCCACUCCCAUGGCGUUCGAAUCGUGCAGCAAGAGGCGGCAGCAGCAGCUUCACUUUAUCUUGUUCCCUCUAAUGGCUCCUGGCCAUAUGAUCCCAAUGGUAGAUAUCGCUAAGUUACUAGCGCAGCGUUGCGGCGUCGCCGUCACCAUCUUAACCACCCCUGUCAACGCCAACCGCUUCCGGACAACCCUGUCUCGUGCCGUAAGUUCCGGCCUGAAAAUCCAACUACUUGAGCUCAGAUUCCCCACCUCAGAAUCAGGGCUGCCUGAAGGGUGCGAGAAUAUCGACCUACUUCCUUCCCUAGACAUGGCGCCUAAAUUCUUGGCGGCCAUCAACACACUCCGGCAAGAGGCGGAACAGGUGCUGGAACGGCUUGAUCCGCCGCCAAAUUGCCUCAUUUCAGACAUGGGGCUGCCGUGGACGGCGGAGAUAGCUCUGGGUCUCAACAUCCCCCGCCUUGUUUUCCACGGAACGUGCUGCUUCUCCCUCCUAUGCAAUCACAGAAUAAUGGAAUCCAAGAUUCUUGAUAGUUUGGAGUCUGAUUCGGACCCAUUCGUCGUUCCUGACCUGCCGGACAUGGUUGAGUUCACUAAAGCUCAGGUCUCGAGCUCUUCGAAGAAGACUUCUCAUGGCACUCCCAAUUACGCUCUAAUGGAAGAAUUCAAGAAGAAGUUUCUGGCCGCGGAGAAGGCAACCUACGGAGUGGUCGUCAACAGCUUCGAGGAAUUGGAACCCGAAUACGCCAGAGAGUAUAGCAAGGAGAAGCAGGGGAAAGUAUGGUGCAUCGGCCCUGUUUCCCUUUACAGCUCGUCGGAGGACAAAGACCACGCCGCCGUGAGAGGCGACGAGACCGCCGCGACUAACCAAGACUGCCUCAAGUGGCUGGAAUCCCACGAGCCAGAAUCGGUAGUGUACGCAAGCUUGGGAAGCUUGGCUAGGCCAAAUGUCGAACAGAUGGCGGACAUGGGCCUGGGAUUAGAAUCAACGGGAAGACCCUUCAUCUGGGUGCUGGGAAGAGGCCGCAAUGUGAGCGGCAUAGAGGAAUGGAUUGCCAUGACCGGAUUCGAGGAAAGGAACAAAGAGAAGGGGAUGGUGGUUCGCGGGUGGGCUCCUCAGAUCCCGAUCCUCUCCCACCCAUCGGUCGGCGGGUUCUUGACCCACUGCGGGUGGAACUCAGUGCUGGAAGGGAUUGCCGCCGGCGUGCCGAUGGCAACGUGGCCACUCUUCGCCGAGCAAUUCUGUAACGAUAAACUGGUGGUGCAGGUUUUGGGGGUGGGGGUGAGCGUUGGGGCGGAGGUGCCGGUCAAGUGGGGAGAAGAAGAAGAGGUUGGAGUUUUGGUGAAGAAGGAUGACAAUAAGAGAGCAGUGGAGAAAGUAAUGGGAGAGGAAGGGAAAGAGAUGAGGAGGAAGGCAAGGGAGGCGGGUGAAUUGGCUCGCAUGGCGAUCCAGGAGUCUGGUGGUUCUUCUGCUCUCAACUUGACCUCCUUGAUCCAAGAAAUGUCAAGUAUAAAUAUGUAAUUGUGACAAUGAUGGUGAUGAUGAGGGAUCAUCUUAAAAUGUACAGAAGAUGUGCCUUUAAGGGAGUAACCGGGUGUAAUUUAGUGGCAUAUCAAUCUCGGUUCCAUGCCAAUAUAAUUACAAAAAACGGUUUAUACUCCCUCACUUUUGUAACCACUCCCUAUUUUACUUGUGCACACACGUGAUUCUUUAAGAACAAAGUAAUUGUCUGUGUACACAGACAAGAUAAGGGGUGAGUACAACAAGAAUAACUCAUAUAAUUAUGAAAUAAAGGUAUAUAGAUGUUUUGAUUUCGUAUGAUUCAAUUUGAACUUGUUAUCCUCGAGUACGAUAGUACUCCCUCCGUCCCUGA